AUGGGGGGCGGUCGGGAAAAACAGUCAGGGGCAGUCAUGGGGGCCAUCGGGGAAAAACAGUCAGGGGCAGUCAUGGGGGCAGUCGGGGAAAAAUGGUCAGGGCACUCAUUGGGGCCAUCGGGGAAGAACGGUCAGGGCAGUCAUGGGGGGCAGUUGGGGGAAAAACGGUCAGGGGCAGUCAUUGGGGGCCGUCAGGGGAAGAACGGUCAGGGGCAGUCAUGGGGGGCGGUCGGGGGAAAAACGCGAGUCGGGGGAAGAACGGUCAGGGGCAGUCAUGGGGGGCAGUCGGGGGAUGACCAGUCAGGGGCAGUCAGGUGGGAGCAGUCAUCGGGGGCCGUCAGGGGAAGAACGGUCAGGGGCAGUCAGGUGGGAGCAGUCAUGGGAGGCCGUCAGGGGAAGAACGGUCAGGGGCAGUCAUGGAGGGCGGUCGUGGGAAGAACGGUCAGGGGCAGUCAGGUGGGAGCAGUCAUGGGGGGGCCAUCAGGGGAAGAACAGUCAGGGGCAGUCAGGUGUGAGCAGUCAUCGGGGGCCAUCAAGGGAAAAAUGGUCAAGGGCAGUCAUGGGUGGCGGUCGGGGAAUGAACAGUCAGGUGCAGCCAUGGGGGACCAUCAAGGGAAAAAUAGUCAGGGGCAGUCAGGUGGGAACAGUCAUGGGGGGCCGUCAGGGGAAAAACGGUCAGGGGCAGUCAGGUGGGAGCAGUCAUGGGGGGCCGUCAGGGGAAAAACGGUCAGGGGCAGUCAGGUGGGAGCAGUCAUGGGGGGCGGUCAGGGGAAAAACGGUCAGGGCAGUCAGGUGGGAGCAGUCAUGGGGGGCGUCAGGAAAAACGGUCAGGGGCAGUCAGGUUGGCAAUCCCAAGUGGAGACACAGCACAGCACAGCCACAGCACAGGACACAAGUUUACAAGUCAAAGAGAUACUCAACAACCCAAAAUCAAUCAAAACCAUACAAAAUUUGACUGAGAGAAGUGUGGAGAUGCCGUUUGAAAGCAUUAACAGAAUUCACCACGACAACUGA